GUAGCCUGAGCUGUCUGCAAUCAAUAGACUUGCAUGCGUGCCCCUGCCAGGGCUUGUAUUCCCCCACCCCAACUGCCUGCCCUAGCAGACCCAGCUCAGUGAACUUUUGGAGGUCACAAGGGCCUUACGAGGUGUCACUGCUCUUCAGUCAACUCUCAGAGCCCUGCCAGCCAGGAUCACAACUUACCUUUCCCACCCUGCACCCGGCCAGUGGGCCAACCCUCACCUGCUCUUGAGAAAUCAAGCUUCCUGCUUUGCUCAGGCCGCUUCACAUACCCAAACCCUCCCCACCAUCUGGGCCCAGGGGAAUCCCCAUGCCCAGGCAUGUGGGGCUGGGGAGGCCCUGACUAUACUGCCUGUGAGUCGGUCCCAGGUCUGCAGGGAGUGAGGGGUAAAUGGGAGCAGAGCAGGGAGGAAGGUGGUGGGGCAGGCAGAGACGGGCUCUCUCACUUGAGCAGUGGCCUUUGCUACUGCAGGUCAAAGUCUACAUCCAGCAGCUGGUGGAAGGGCUGCACUACCUGCACAGCCAUGGAGUCCUCCACCUGGACAUAAAGCCCCCCAACAUCCUGAUGGUGCAUCCUGCUCGGGAAGACAUUAAAAUCUGCGACUUUGGCUUUGCCCAAAAGAUCACCCAGACAGAGCCAAAGUACAGCAAGUAUGGGUCCCCUGAGUUUGUGUCCCCUGAGAUCAUCGAGCAGAACCCUGUCAGUGAGGCUUCUGAUAUCUGGGCUAUGGGGGUCAUCUCCUACCUCAGCCUGACCUGCUCGUCCCCAUUUGCCGGCGAGAGUGACCGAGCAACCCUCCUGAAUGUGCUGGAGGGGCGGGUGUCCUGGGGUAGCCCAGUGGCUGCACACCUCAGCCAGGAUGCUCAGGACUUCAUUAGGGCUGCCCUACAGAGAGCCCCGGAAGCCCGGCCCAGUGCAGCCCAGUGUCUUGCUCACCCCUGGUUCUUGAAGUCCCUGCCUGCAGAGGAGGCGCACUUCAUCAACACCAAGCAGCUCAAGUUUCUCCUGGCCCGCAGCCGCUGGCAGCGCUCCCUGAUGAGCUACAAGUCCAUUCUGGUGAUGCGCUCCAUCCCGGAGCUGCUCCAGGGCCCGCCAGAAAGCCCGUCUCUUGGAGUGGCCCGGCACCUGCGAGGUGAUGCCAGCACCUCUUCCAGCAGCACCUCGUCCUCCGACAACGAGCUGGCACCCUUCGCCCGGGCCAAGUCGCUGCCGCCCUCUCCUGUGACUCACUCCCCCCUUAUGCACCCACGGGGUUUCCUGCGUCCAUCUGCCAGUCUGCCAGAAGAGGCUGAGGCCUGUCUUCCCAUGGAGGCAACACCUCUGCCUGCAGUGCCUGGGGGCUCAGAGUCCCCAGCUGCCCCAGGCUGUGUGCCCCGGCAGAGCAUUAUCCACAGCCUGUUCUACCAGCAGGCUGGCGAGAGCCCCGAGCUCCGGGGCCUGGCCAUGGGCAGCAGACGGGUCCCUGUGCGGCAGAGGCACCUCCUCAAGGGUGGUUACUUUGCGGGCCCCCUGCCUGGCCUGCGAGAGCCGCUGCUGGAGCACCAGGCACUGGAGGAGGAGGCCACUCAGGAGGAACAAGCUGCCCUGACGGCCAAGGCACCCUCCUCUGAGACUUUCCUGAGGCUGCCUGGUGCCAGCCCCCCUGGGGCCCCCCGCCACAGCCACUCCCUGGACGUCGACUGUGCAAGUUCUGCCAAUCCCUCUGCAGAGGCCUGCCAUGAGGGGCAGUGUUUCACCCCUGCCCUCGGGGGCCACCAAGUGGCCCUGGGAGAAGAGAAUGUGCCCAGAGAGGUCAAAGAUGCCAUGGAGAGGGGGUCUCCAAAAGGACGGGGACUAUGUGCAUCCACUGGUGGGGAUCCUGGCUUUGCUGAGCAAGAGGGGUUGUCCCAGGACAGCUGUGGGGGGCAGCUAACUCCUUUCUGUCACCCCCAGUGGGGUCCUUCCCCCAGGAAGGGUUGUGAUGCCCCAGCAGCUGUUGCAUCCCAAGUUCCUGAUGCCUUUCCUCCAGGGCACUGCCCGGAGGCUCUCUUGGCAACCCCGAGACCCCUCUUCUCUGGUGAACUCCAGGCUCCCUUCUCCCCAGCUCAAGCAAGCCUCCAGUCAGGCUCUAGGGGGGCGCUAGAAGCCACCCCUCUCCCUGGGAGGCCCAAUCUUCCCAGUUCUCCAGGGCUAGCCUCCCCAUCUGGCACAGAGCCUAGCCUUUCCCUGGACACCGAGGCCCUGGCCCAGGAGACAGAGGAUCUAUGUGAGUCUGAGCCCAGCCCCCCUCGGCCUCAGGAGCAGGCGACCUCACGCAAGUUCUCCCUUGGGCAUCGUGGAGGCUACGCGGGGAUGGCCGGCUACGGCACCUUUGCCUUCGGUGGGGAUGCGGGAGGCAUGCUGGGACAAGGGCCCCUGUGGACCAGGAUGACCUGGGGUACCUCUCAGUCCUUGGAGGAACAGGAUGAAACAGGGGAUCAGAGCCCACACCCCCAGGCCAGUGUGGUGUCCCUGCCAGAGGGCCACGCAGUUCCCACAAGGACCUCCCCAGAGCUGACCUUGUGCGAAGACUUCAGCUGGGGAUCCCAGGUGUCUCUGGUGCAAAUCCAGGACCUGUCAGGGGACACGGAGGCAGCUGACACUGUGUCUCUGGACAUAUCAGAGGUGGAGCCAGCCUAUCUCAACCUGUCAGACCUAUAUGAUAUCAAGUACCUCCCCUUUGAGUUCAUGAUUUUCAGGAGGAUCCCCAAGCCAGACCUGCCAUCCUCCCCAGCAUCUGAGGCCAGGGAAGAGCUGGCUGAGCUCCCAGAAGCCCCGUGGUCCUGGCAGGGCCUCCCCACCAGCCUGGAGAUCAGAGAGGAGCUGGAGGACACAGGGAUACCUCUCAGGGAGCCAGGCAGCAGCAGGAAGCGCAGAUGGUCACCCCACUCCAGGGGCCUCCUGUGCUCCCCCUGGAGGCAGGCGCUGCUGGAGGAGCCAGUGGAAUUGGGGCUGCAUCAGAGGAUGAGGGCCUCCGUGGCCCAUAUCUCCCGCCUCCUGAAGGGCAGGCCUCAAGGUCCAGAGAAGGAGGGGCCCCCCAGGAAAAAGGCAGGCCUAGCUUCCUUCCGGCUGUCGGGCCUGAGGAGCAGAGACCAAGCGCCAUCUUUCCUAAGGGAGCUUGUGGACGAGACAGUGGUCCUGGGCCAGUCUGUGACUCUUGCCUGCCAGGUGUUGGCCCAGCCAUCUGCACAGGCCACCUGGAAUAAAGACGGGGCCCUCCUGGAGAGCAGCAGCCGCCUCCUCAUCUCCUCCACGCUCAAGAAUUUCCACCUUCUGACCAUCCUGGCAGUGACUGCUGAGGACCUGGGUGUGUACACAUGCAGCAUGCGCAACUCGCUGGGCACAGCAGCCACCACAGCUGUCCUCCGGAAGGCAGAGUGCCCCCCAUCCUCCCCACGCCCAGACAUUGGGGAGGUGUACACAGAUGGGGUGCUGCUGGUCUGGAAGCCUAUGGAAUCCUGUGGCCCUGUGACCUACAUUGUGCAGUGCAGCCUGGAAGGUGGCAGCUGGAGCACACUGGCCUCGGACAUCUUUGAUUGCUGCUACCUGGCCAGGAAGCUUUCGAGGGGCGGUGUGUACACCUUCCGGACUGCGUGUGUCAACAAGGCUGGCAUGGGCCCCUACAGUAGCCCCUCGGACCAGGUCCUCCUGGGAGGGCCCGGCCACCUGGCCUCUGAGCAAGACAGCAGCCCUGCAUCGCCGGCCCAUCCGCUCCCCAGCACGCAGACCUUCGCCUUCCAGACGCAGAUCCGAAGGGGCCGCUUCAGCAUUGUGCGGCAGUGCCGGGAAAAGGCCAGCGGACGCCCACUGGCCGCCAAGAUCAUUCCCUACCACCCAGAGGAAAAGACGGCCGUGCUUCUCGAGUACGAGGCCCUCAAGGGCCUGCGUCACCCACACCUGGCCCAGCUGCAGGCUGCUUACCUCAGCCCCCGGCACCUGGUCCUCAUCUUGGAGCUGUGCUCUGGGCCAGAGCUACUCCCCUGCCUGGCCCAGCGGGCCUCCUACUCAGAGUCCGAGGUGAAGGACUACCUGUGGCAGAUGCUGAGUGCCACCCAGUACCUGCAUGCACAGCACAUCCUGCAUCUGGACCUCAGGUCUGAGAACAUGAUCAUCACGGAGUACAACCUGCUCAAGGUGGUCGACUUGGGCAAUGCUCAGAGCCUCGCCCAGGAGAGGGUCCUGCCCUCGGCGAGGUUCAAAGACUAUGUGGAGACCAUGGCUCCGGAGCUCCUGGAGGGCCAGGGUGCCAGCCCACAGACAGACAUCUGGGCCAUUGGUGUGACUGCAUUCAUCAUGCUGAGUGCCCAGUACCCGGUGAGCAGCGAGGGCAUGCGAGACAUGCAGAAAGGCCUGCGCAAGGGGCUCAUCUUGCUGAGUCGCUGCUACGCCGGGCUGUCUGGGGGCGCCUUGGCCUUCCUGCAGAGUACACUAUGUGCACACCCCUGGAGCCGGCCGAGCGCUUCCAGCUGCCUGAAGUGCCCAUGGCUGACUGAGGAGGGCCCAGCCUGCUCUCAGCCCUCUGCCGUGACCUUCCCCACUGUGCAUCUGCGUGCCUUUGUGCGUGAGCGUGAGAAGAGACGGGCACUGCUGUACAAGAAGCACAACCUGGCUCAGGUGUACUAAGCACUUGGCCCUGAGGGAUCACAAAGCUGGUGCCCGCAUACAUGCAGGGCACACUGGGCCUGGCCUCCACAAGCUGUUUCCACCAAUAAAAACCAGUACCACA